CCAAAUGAAGCUGUUUUGUCAGACAGGCUGAGCUCCCCUGCAAAGACAGGAGGAGCAGAGUAGCUUUUCCCACUGCGAUCACGCUGAACCUUCAAGGAAACAGGUGAGCCAGCCCUGAGAAAUGACUUCAACCUGUGACCAACAAGCAGCUUCUUUAUCCCGUAGUCCCAAGUGGGAUGAGUGUGUUUUAAUCCUCGUCUCAGUCAUUUGAAGAGCUCUGCUAUCACCUCCAGAAUAUAGACAGCUCUAAAUAAUAGCUGCAGUGCUGCUGGCCUUCAGGGUGCCCUGUCUUCUUGCUGAGCCUGCCUUGAGAAAACCAGAAGAGACUCCAACAGGAGAGUUAUGGAUGACGCUCCCCCUGGCACACAGGAGUACAUUAUGUUACGACAAGAUUCCAUCCAAUCUGCGGAAUUAAAGAAAAAAGAGUCCCCUUUUCGUGCUAAGUGUCACGAAAUCUUCUGCUGCCCAUUGAAGCAAGUGCACCUCAAAGAGAACACAGAGCCGGAAGAGCCUCAGCUUAAAGGUAUAGUCACAAAACUAUACAGCAGGCAAGGAUACCACUUGCAGCUACAAGCAGAUGGAGAAAUUAAUGGAACAAAAGAGGAGGACAGUACUUAUACUUUGUUUAACCUCAUCCCUGUGGGUUUACGAGUGGUGGCUAUUCAGGGGGUUCAAACAAAAUUAUAUUUAGCAAUGAACAGUGAAGGAUACCUAUACACAUCAGAACAUUUUACCCCCGAAUGCAAGUUCAAAGAAUCAGUAUUUGAAAACUACUAUGUGACAUACUCUUCAAUGAUCUACAGACAGCAACAGUCUGGCAGGGGUUGGUACCUGGGUCUUAACAAAGAAGGCGAAAUCAUGAAAGGAAACCACGUGAAGAAAAACAAACCCGCCGCGCACUUUCUUCCCAAACCAUUAAAAGUGGCCAUGUACAAAGAGCCUUCUCUCCACGAUCUCACAGAGUUUUCAAGAUCUGGGAGCGGGACCCCGACAAAAAGCAGAAGUGUUUCGGGAGUGUUAAACGGGGGUAAAUCCAUGAGCCAGAACGAAUCGACGUAGCCAGGUUCAGGCAAGCCAAGUGCUCUGUCAAAGGAAACUUACCUCGGGAUGCAGUUGAAUUCUUACUAGCAGUCUUUCAUCCAAAAGUUCAGUCGUCAGGACAAGCCACCGAACUUGCAUAGAUCACUUGUUUUAUCAGCCAUUAGAUCUUCUGGUUGUCAAAGGAUAUAUCCCAAUAAUGUAGAAGAUGCUUGUGCAUAUCAUGAGGCACUUGAAUAGCCAGCAAAACAUACCUGCGGAAUAACUCUCGGAGAAGAAUUGUCCAGCUCUCUCUUUCUCUCUCUCUCUUUCUCUCUCUAUGCUUUGUGGAAAACUAAACUAAACAUUUUGCAGCAUUCACUGCUGAUAAGAAUUUGCUUUCCAACUAAGAAAAAAAAAAAAAAAAAAAGACCACUUUUGCUCUUCAAAGGAAAUUUUAAUGCUUAUAUGUUUUAUAGGGGCAAACACAAAUAAUGUAAACUCUGUUGUUUUCUUGGCUUACCGUUUUAUAUCUAAGGCUUGAUAAAAAAAAAAAUGUGUCCUUUAAUUUGGAAUAGUGCAACUUUCUGCGUUCUGAACUCCAAUGGGUCUUUAAAGCUGUAUCUUUCAAAACAUAAUCGAUUCAGGGUUGGAACUGAGAGUCGGUGUCUCAGCCUCAAGCAAACAGUGUUCUUGUGAUUUUAAACACAACGAAAUAUAAAAUUUUUAUAGAUUUGUAGUAUUCUGGUCAAGUUCUUGUGCUGACCCCAGUCUGUAGGAAUUGAAUUGUUUUAUUAACCCGAGUCAGUGGAAGAUAACACACAGGGAGAAGACUAUCCCCCAAUGUAGCUUUCUCUUAAUUCCAUUUUGUGUGUCAUGUUAAACUAUUGUCGUGGCUUCUUUUCUAAAGACAGAAACUGUGGAAUUAAGGUGACUUAAUUUUUUUACGAGAAACGUCUUAUUUGUAAAAGUCCUUCUUUCACUGUAAUGGGCACGUGAAUAUUGUGUAGGAGGAAGCGUUAGGAUCGGUUACCCCUAAACAACGUAUACUUAUACAUGCUAUUGGGAAGGGAAAAAAAAAAAAUCGUUUAAAAAAUUUAGUUAGGUUUCCAUUUAGGUCAUCGUAUCUGUUGCAUGGGAGAAAGUUGGAAUAUGGGCCUAGAGUUGCAUGACGUGUAAGAUUUUGUGCGUUAAUCAUCGUUGGAUUCUGUGCUCCAAAACUGACAUCGUUCUGUGCAAGCAGGUUUCUGCCUUGUGCAAGAGUUGUUAUAUUAUUUGUUGUAUACACACCCAUGCACUGAAUAAACUAUUUAUAUUAAGAUGUA